AUGGCCGAUUGCAUCGUGCUUCCUUCUGGGGAUUUAUUGCCGGUUGGAUUCCGCUUCCAUCCGACGGAUGAGGAGCUAAUUAAUCACUACCUGAAGAACAAGAUGCUUGGAAGGGAAUCCCUCGUUGAUUACAUCCGUCAAGUUGAUAUCUGCAAGCAUGAGCCAUGGGAUCUUCCUUUCCUUUCAAACGACCAUACAAGUGAGCAGGAAUGGUUUUUCUUUGCUGCCCAAGAUUUGAAGUAUUCCAAUAGCCGUCGAUCCAAUAGGGCCACGAAAACCGGCUACUGGAAAUCCACGGGCAAGGACCGCAAAAUCUUGGCUCCGCGAACCAAGAAGUUGAUUGGUACCAAAAAAACUCUGGUCUUCUACAGUGGCCGGGUUUCAAAUGGAAUCAGGACCAAUUGGGUCAUACACGAGUAUCAACUUCAUUCCGAUCCCCAGUUCGCGCAGCUG